UCACUAGAAUCCAUUUGAUUUCAUAGCACACAUGUAACCGUUGAAACAUUAGAAUAGCAUACAUUACUUUUUCAACUAUGUUCAUCGAUAAAGUUAACUAGAUUCUGACCUUAUCCUGCGUAUCACCGUCAACAAACACACAUCUCCUCUUAUCACUUGAAAUACAGCCAUAUAUGUAUGUUAAACGAUAUCUAGCGAUAUUGGCUGGCAUUUGGCACGUUGGUGUAAUAGAAUCCAAGUUAUCUAUCAGGGCUCAGAGAACAUAUACCUUAUCUGAUGGAGGUGUACAAAGUGGAGCAUUUGUAAACAGAGGAAGGUACAACUAUAUUGCCUCUAGGAAUUAUGUACUUGCAAGUAAACAUACAAUGGGUACUAUCAAGGGAGAUCACUUUCAUUUUGAGCCAAUAUCCAUAGAGCGUGUGGGCAGUGAUCCACCAGAAUACAGAGUAUUCAGAGUGCCUGUGCCAUUGGAAACAUCAUAUACAGCGCCAGGUGAUGGUGGUGACACUUCACAAGUGGCUCCAUCAGAAGCCAAUGGGACUCCAAUUUACAAUUCAGUGCAACAAAAUGCUGUUACCGUGAGAUCACCAUUUAGGCGCUUUAUAGAAAGAAAUAUUGAGAAGGUAGAAAAGAAAAAGGGCGUACGUAUGAGUCUCAACCCUCAAGGAGCCUCCUUGGUUCUAAUUGCCCAUGGCGACCGUUCAACUGAAGCUAUCAACGAAAUGUUGAACAUGUGUCGCAAGAGCAAUGUUUACAACUUCUAUCUGUGUUUUCCUGUACGUGGAGCUGAGUUCCAUGGCCUGUUUGACGAAUUCAAGUCACAGGUGAAGCAAUGCAUUGGUCAGAAUGUAGCUUAUGAAAUGAGACCACAUGUAACCCUAGCGCUGCUAAAUCUAGUUACCGAUGAGGAUCUAGAUGCAAUUAUCAAAGCACUGCAGGCAACUGCAGUGGCGGUAUCGCAACUUCGUGCACCUGACUCCACAAACCAGGGCUACGAAGUACAUCUAGAGGGGACUAAAUCCAUAAAAUACAAGGGCAAAGCCGCACGCCGUAGCGUGUUCAUGACUAAUGCACAGCUAAAUGAAGCAUUAAGUGAUAUUGCUUAUGAGUUCCAGGACAGUGUAAAGCGUGCGAUUAAUAAGGUUAUCAAUAAAUCAAAUGAAGCAUCACAGCACCAGCGUGCUAAACCUACGAAAAACGUAAGUGAAAUUGGUAGAAUGACCGAAGCGGAGGCUGCUGCACAUGGUAUAUUCAUUACCCCCGGUGGUAAUAUAGAAGUGACUUAUACCGAUAUAGAGUUGAUGGACCCUAAAGGUGUUAUAUCAGAUGAGCAACUGGACAGCAUGAUAGCUGAAUUACAUGGUAGAAACACGGUUAUAGAUGAACCCAGCCCAAUAGGUCCUGCUGCCAAAACUGGUAACAAGAUUCCAACAAAGCUGGAACCUACAAAUGAACAUGAUCAAGGCACCCAACUGGACGAUCAAUCUGAUAAUGAUUAUGCCACUGUCUAUCGUGAACCUGAGACUAUAAACACGGAUGAGGAAGUAGAUGUACCAGAGUACGAUCCAUCAGUCACACAUGAAUUCCACGUAACAUUGCUCAGGAACUCUAAUGUAGAUAAAUUAGGACACUUGGACUUCAAAGGCAAUGGAUUAGUCAACUGCGUGGAACUGCGUGCUAGAGGGGCUGAAGUAUGCUCCUUCAAGGCCUACACCAAAACACAACUAAUGCGCUUUGUAGGCCACAGAUAUGACGGCAGGCUGCAGACAGAGUAUGGUGUUAACUACCCAAGUGGUACUGAACAACCUUCUGGCAUGUCACAUGACCUUGUCACAGAUAAUGGAGCGAAUAAGGAGCAUAACGCAGCGUCACGCUUCGUAUUCUGGAUAUAGAAUGUUAUACAUUGGGUUCAGUAACCGAUAAGUCGUCUAUAACC